AUGCCGCUUCUAUUGAGACCCUCCGCGCCCAGCCCUAGCAUUGAUGAGCUUGCAUUUGUUGUAACAGCAGCUCCACUUUCGUCGCAAAGUUUGCAUCGCUCGGUUUCUUCGACUGGGGUGUCCGAUCUACCCCGGUGCACCACACACAGUCGACUCUCGCUUCGUAGCCGCCAGCGUGGUAGUACAAUUGGCACCGAUACCGAGUUUGCUGGCUACGAUAAUGACAGUAGCAAUGAUUUGGAACAUUUUCCAUUAACGCGGCGACACAGUCAUCGUAGCCUGCGUCACAUGAGGGGCCUUACCAUUACAAGCAAAGACAUUGACUUUCGCGAUUCGAAGCGUUCGUCGCACGACACUUUGCCAGACGAUGACCACAUAUCCAGCAACGGCAGCUUUGCUUCCGAAGCAGGUCGCGCGUCUAGUUUGAUGAGCUGUAGCUGUUCGUGUGCGGACGCAAACGAUCUUGCUAUCACGUCUUCAUCCGUGGUUAUUGAAGACCAGCAGCUUGCCGUUGUGGACAAAGAGCUGCGGGAUUUUCGUAAGACUCUUGUGCGCAAACUGUAUUCGCGGCUGACAAAGCUUUCUGAUUUCGGACGAAGGAAAUCGACAAUUGCCAAGCCUGUAGUUUAG